AUGCCAGUAUAUGCACUUAAUUUUUUGGCUCAUGUUGAUCCCAGCCAGCCUCCGUCAGAAGGCUCACGAAUACAGCCAUCAUUUGAUAUCGGAAUCCAAGCAACAAAAUUACUCGACUUGUGUGAAGUUGAACGAUUAAGCGCAGCGUUCACCCUCAUUAGUGGCAAUGCUGAUCAGGUCUCAUUGACAUCUUUGGAACAGCGAGGAGAGACUGAUCAAGCAGAGCAACAAGAAGAUGCAAACAAACAUCAGUUAUCGGUUGAUAUGUCUACAGGUAUCAUCGAGCAUGUUUCCUUGAUCACACCGACAGACUUAAAUAUCUUGGUGAGUUCCAAGUGA